GACCUGCACAAGGCUGGGAUGGGCUACAGGACAAUAGGCAAGCAGCUUGGUGAGAAGGCAACAACUGUUGGCGCAAGGGAGUCUUUCAACCGCUGGCCCCCUACUGCCCAGCGAUUGUGACCCCAUCAUCUCCCGGUCCAUGUUCAGAGAGGUCAUGAACGACAUCCCCAUCAGGUUGUCCCGCAUCAAGUACAAAGAGGAGGCCCGGAAGCUCUUAUUCAAAUACGCUGAAGCUGCCAAGAAAAUUAUUGACUCAAGGAACGCCACACCAGACAGCCGGAAGGUUGUGAAAUGGAAUGCGGAGGACACCAUGAACUGGCUACGGAGAGACCACUCAGCCAGUAAAGAAGACUACAUGGAUCGUCUGGAGCACUUGCGGAAACAGUGUGGUCCCCAUGUAACGGCAGUAGCCAAAGACUCUGUGGAGGGAAUUUGUACAAAGAUCUACCACAUCUCAGUAGAGUACGUGCGACGUAUUCGCCAGGCCCACCAGACCCUGCUGAAGGACUGCAACAUCACGGUGCUGACUGAUCCGGGUCUUAAGGCUUCGACGGGUUUUCCCUAUGUAAGACAGACCGCGGGGACAUUUCAACAUGUAAACAACAUUGGUGGACAUGCAGGGAGGAGAUGUACUAGAAGGCAGUUCACGGCACGGUGGUCAUCUUCCUGCAGAAUGACGCCGGCUUCACCAAGUGGGAGCCCACGCCGGAGUGCAUCCAGGAGCUGCUGGCAGCCUACCAGGUCUCCCAGCGAGCAUUUUGCUCCCCAGUUCCCUCCUCCACCUCCUCUGCACCCACUAUGCCCUCUCCAGCCAGUGCGGGGGUGUCGGGCAACAAAGACUCUACUGCCGCCAAGACGGCACCUAAGCGAUCGGCCAGUUUGGACACAUCACCCGCUAGCCAGGAAAACAGCAGUAGUUCUUGUAGUCCUCUGGAAAAUACUACACCACCUUCCGAGGCAGCCAGCCUUUAAAAGCCGGGGAGGGGACAUGGGUGAGAUUAAUGUGCGUUUUGGGGAUGGGGACCCUACAACUGGUGCUGAGAGAGUGUGGGGUGAGGAUUUGGCCCUGGACUACUCGGGCGCUUGGGUAGCCUACGAAGGAGGGCCUCUCCCCUAAAAUAGGCUUACUUUCUCUGCCUCGACUAUUUAAUAUUAGUUCUACUAGGUUUUUAUGAUUCUGGUCGUUAUUUACUAUAGUAUCUCUCGUUGCUUUUUAUCAAUGUAGCUAGUGGUAACGGUUUACUAGGAUUUAUUUUUCCAUCAUUGUUGCUGUCAUUGUCAGUAAUUAUUGGGUAAUUCUAUUCCUUGUUCAUUGACCUUUUGCCGUAGAGUGCGUCCAAAAUGGCACCCUGAGAAUAGGGUGCCAUUUGGAACAUACAUUUUGAUCUGCUCCCGGACAGCAGGACUUGGUUGUCGGUUUUGACGUGUGGAAUUGAAAAGUGAGUCCUUGGAAAAGUUUUUUGUUUUGUUUGUCCAAAUCCUCUCUAUCACUUAAUAGGUACAGAAGGGAGAUGUGUCAUUGGGUGAUAAGGCAGCUAUGUUUCUAACCCCCUUAAGCCUACAAAUAGUUUAGAGGCAAUCAUUGUACAUAGGACAGCCAUCAGUAAGUUAGAGCAGGGUUUCCCAAGCUCGGUUUUUGCCCUAGCAGUACACAGUGAUUCAAAUAAUCAAMGCAUGAUGAUGAGUUGGAUGUUUUAAAUCAGCUGUGUAGUGCUAGGGGAAAAACCAAAACGGGCACCCAGGGUGGGCCCCAGGAUCGAGUUUGGGAAACCCUCAGAGUACUGAACGAGAGAGAUUGAUGGCUUUGAAGACAUUGCAUUUCUUUGUGGACUAUUUUUAUGCAGGUCACACAUACCACAGAGUAGUAGUUCCAUAUCGGCCAAGUCGAUACACCAUUUCCAUAUCUGCAGUUAGAGGAAUUUUGUAAAAAAUAAUUAUCAAUAAAUGCAAAUACAGGCCAUUAAUACAUCUUACAAUGGCAAUAUGUUAUGCAUUGGCUCGAGCAACAGCUGAAUUACUAUGCCUUUCCCCCUGCGCUGUGUGUAAAUCCAAAACAACUGACAAAAUUUGUUGAACUGGCUUGUUGCUUAUAACCCUAUCCACGUCUCUAAAAUAUGGUAAAGUACUAAAUGAAAUAAUACCUGAUGUAAAUUAUACCCUCGUUAAACAUAAUUUUGGGAAAUUCUGUGAUUGUGUUCAACCUGGUUGCGUUAUUUUCACAUUGUAGUGCGUGGUAUGGCAUGGAAACAGAAUAGUUAUGUUGUUUUUAAUCCCUCCAAUCUCAAUUUUUAUAUGUUUACACCAGUAUGACAUUAGAACGCAUCACUGGGCAGCACAAUGAAUGUACAUUUUUAAAUGGCAAAACAGAAGGUCUCAGAUGCGUCCCACAUGGCACUAUCUUCCCUAUGUAGUGCACUACUUUCGACUAGGGCUCUGGUCAAAAGUAGUGCACUAUAUAGGGAAUACGGUGCCAUUAGGGAUGCUGCCAAAGCGAUGCCAUUAGGGAUGCAGCCAAAGCGACUCACCUCGGCCUCAGUCAUCUAGCCGAGAGAAUAAAUGUAUAAAAAAUAAGAUACAAAUGUUUAUUAUACAAUUCCUCAUUAUAUGACUAAUUGUCUCUGUCCUUGUAAACUAUGAUCCUCACGCACUACUAUGCCAUCUCCGCAUAUAUUCUUAUCUAUAGCCUGAAUGCUUGUACAAUGGUUUUAGGCAUAAGUUUCUUACUAGAACUCUUCACUUGCCUUUGCCCCAUUUGUAUAUACUUAGGAUUUUGGUUUUUAUAGAGAAGUAAUUAGGCAUGGGGCUGGAGGUUAAGGCAAGGUUCUGUUUAUGCUGUUGCAAAUGUAUGAUGGUUGUCUUGCUCUUUGAACAUAAUACUUACUGCAGUAAGUCUGGCAUCGUGCCCAAGAACCUGGAGACAAACUCUAGCCAUUCAUUCUUCGUCAUUUGAGCGUCGAGCAACAGUCACAUACCCUGAUCCUAGUAUGUUUCUGUCACCAGCAAAACAAAGUGUAGAUAUUAUACAGAAAAUUGGUAUGAAGUAUGUUAUUUUUCUCUGCUACACAGUUGUAUUGAACUCUGAUAGCAAAAAUAAUAAUUGUGCUGUCUGUUUAUCCAUAAUUUUUUUAUUUGAGUUAAUUUAACAUAAUUUAAGAAAUCUGUUUUAUGUAUUAUACAGUUUAUUACAUAUAAAUUGUUUUAAACUAAACCAAAGUGUUAUUAAAAUAAAUAUAUAUAUAUAUUGUAUGUAAAAGUAGACGUGUGUAUGAUUGCAUUAGUAAUGCUUAAGGUGUAACCAGCAAAAUUACUACUUGAGUUUUAUUUUUAUAAUUCUCUUUUUUUUGUUCUGGUAAGAGCAUAUUUUAUGUUUGGAAUUUAUUUUGCAUGACAUUUCUGACACCUUAAAUCAUAAGAAAUAUAUUUGUAUUCUUUAAUCAGUUCAUAGACUUUUUACAUAAAGGAUGAGUAUGAAUACAUUAAUUUAUCCCUAUAGGUUUACCCUUAUGGUCAUUUAUUGUCUGUAGAGCAUCUAAUACCAUAAAUGUUUUUCUCAAUGUGAUUCCUAUGGGCAAGAAUCAGGAGAAUGUAAAUGCUGAAGUCAUUCAUUUUCCUAGUUCCCUCUGAGUAAAUUAUCAAUGUUGUGACAUGAUCUCCAUUGGAACCAGCAUAGAGAUGCGCCGAAUCACAUUUGCUCCCAGUAAAAUGUGUCAAACCAUGUAUGUUAUUUGGAUCUCUAAUAAACUAGAACACCGUAGUAAGUU